AGCUGUUUGGCCCCUGGGGCGUGAAGCCCCCUGGCUCGGACCAUCAGGUCUGUGAGGAGCCAUGGGCGGUUCGGCGUCGACAGAGAUAGGCGGCGUCCGUGUUUUCAAGGUGAGUCCUGGAAGCCCUGCUGCUGAAGCAGGGUUGGAGGUGUUUUUCGACUUCAUCGUGGCGAUCAACGGUGUCAACCUAGAGCCUGGCGAGCAGUCGGUUUUUGCAAAGCACAUCCAGGACGCCGAGAAUGGCACGGCAAAGAUCACGGUAUACAACACCAGAGCCAACAUGACUCGAGAGGUGACUGUGAUGCCCAGAAAGUGGGCUGGCAAUGGACUUCUGGGAGCGACCGUGAGAUACGACGCCGUAGAUGUUGCAGAGAACCACGGAAUUCGGGUUCUGGAGGUUUUCCCAAAUUCGCCUGCAGCUCAUGCUGGCCUGGUGCCGUUUCAGGAUUUUUUGCUGGGCACACCUCAGCGGGUUUUUCACGAUAUUGACGAGCUCGUCGAAGUGGUGCAAGCAAAUAUCAACGAGCGCAUGCAGGUGUAUGUCUACAAUGCAGACUCCGAAUCUGUCAGAGAGACCAUCCUCAUGCCCAACAAUGCCUGGGGUGGCGACGGCUGCAUUGGCUGUGACAUAGGCACCGGCUUGCUGCACCGCAUCCCUGCGCCCCGGCGGCCGCCGGGUGGGCCGAUGGCACCGCCGCAGGCUCCCGGAGCACCGCUUGCUGGAGCACCACUUUCUGCAGCGCCGAUUUGUGUGCCUGGGGCGGCUGCUCCACCAGCUAAGACAGCUGGAGGUGGCAUUCCAGCACCAGGAGGCAUCCCACCACCAGGUGGCGCCCCGCCGCCCGGCGGCACCGCUUUGCCGGCCAUCCGCCCUGGAGGCACCUGGGCUCCGGCAGCGCCGCAAGUGCCGCAAGCGCCGCAAGCGCCGCAAGCGCCAGCGGCCCCCGCGGGCAGCCAGGCAGGAGCAGGAGCCACGAUCACACCAGAGGCAAUGGCCCAACUCCAGGCUCAGAUACACCAGAUGGGCCUCGGAGCAGCGCCGAGCAACGGUGAGGUGGUUUCUCCCAUCUCCAGCAUGCCGGAGAAUCCAAAGGCUCCUCCAAGUACACCAAUGAAUUGGCAAGAAGUGCCACCCGUUGACCUUUCAGCAGCGAUGGACCCAAGCAAGUUUGCCGGGCUGAGCGGUCAUGCUUCCCCAGCGAUACUGAGCGGUAAUGCUUCGCCGGCAAAUGACAUCGAAUUGGAAAAGAUUCAAUAGCACGGCAGGAGACUAGGACCCCCCCGCCGCUCUGGACUCUAAAUCCAACUCUUCGCUCUGGACCGAGGCCCCAACUGUGCCACGGGUGUAGUUUCUUGGGCCGCUUUCAAGCGCCAGAAGCACCGGCUGCAGCCAUGGUGGAGGUCU